UAUCAUUGCGCAAUCGCAAAAGGAAGUAGGAAAACAGUUUUUGUUUACAUUUUCAUUUUUUGGAUAGAUGUAACCCUUUUUGGACAGAAAUCCAAAGAGAAUGGGUCUGUUUGGAAAAGAAAAGGGUAAAGACCCAAAGGAAAUGGUGAACCACUGGACACACAAUCUGAGGAAGGAAGGGUACAACAUUGACAGACAAAUCAGGGGGAUUCAGAGGGAAGAAGAGAAAGUGAAGAGAUCACUUAAAGAUGCCGCCAAAAAGGGGGAAAAAGAGUCCUGUAAAAUCCUGGCCAAAGAAAUUGUACGAGCGAGGAAAGCUGUCAACAGGCUGUACGCAUCCAAAGCCCACAUGAACUCGGUCCAAAUGCAGAUGAAAAAUCAGCUGGCGACUCUAAGAAUAGCAGGUGCCCUGGAGAAGAGCACAGAAGUCAUGAAGUCCAUGCAGGCCCUGGUCAAAAUGCCCGAAAUCCAGGCCACAAUGAGAGACAUGUCCAAAGAAAUGAUGAAGGCGGGCAUCAUGGAAGAAAUGCUGGAUGAUACAAUGGAGACCCUGGAUGAUGACGAAUUGGAAGAAGAAGCAGAUUCUGAAGUUGAAAAAGUUCUCUAUGAACUAACAGCAGGAGAACUUGGUAAAGCCCCUGCUGCUGUCGAUGACUCACUUCCUGUACGGGAGCCAGAGGGCGCCACUGCCAUGCCGGAGGAAGAGGAUGAAGAUCUAACAAGUCGACUGGAGGCGCUACGCAGCUGAUGAUGAAUUCAUCAUGUCAUCAUUGCCAUCAGUAAACCAGACAUUUCCCAGAGAUUCAUCAUGUGAUAGAACUGUAAAUAGUGAUGCAUUGUGAAUAAUAUCUAUUAAUUAUCAUGACAAUGGGUGGCAUUUGUUGCAUUUUGUAUUGUAUAGAGCUCAUUACAAUACUUUAAUAUUUAUGAAUGUUUCAUUGAACCUCAGUGUACAUGUACCAUGAUUAACAUCUUGCAAAACAAAACAGUUUUAAAAUAAAGAGAUGUUGAUGAAAUGUACUUAAAGAUUAAUUUAAUACUCCCCUUUUGUCAGCACCAAAAUUUUGAGACAUAUUAACUUUAUCAUAUCAAUAAGUUCUUUUUAUCAAUAAGUUCUUUGGUACUGGUAGGGAUGCUUUGUAGAACUUUCUAUUUAUAGAGCUGAGUUACACAGUGAUGCAAACAGUUGUUUCUGUCUAAAUCCACCAAACUAAAUGUGAUUUAUUUAUACAUGGUGUUUAAUGUACCUUUGUAUGGUAGCAUGUGUAUAUCAGACAUGUAUCUCAGUUAGGAAUCCUUAUUUAUUCUUUUUUCUUAUACCUCGUGACAAAUGAACAAAUAAAAUUAUGAAAAUGCUAA